AUGGAUUUGAAGGAGAACCGUAGAAGUUGCACGUUUCAUGGUGAGCCAACAGACACGGGUGACGGAAAUGCCUAUUCCGAUACGCAGUGCUGCAGCACUUCAUCAUGCAUAGAUAACGUGCAGUAUAUUGGUUCUAAAGCAAGUGGUGUGGAACCAACCUUUGGUGAUGGGUUAAAGUUACACGACACAACACACUCAGGGCGUGAGGGUCAUCGCUUUCAAUCCAAUAGAGCUCCCGCUAUUUCUAACCAGGAAAAGUGCCGUACGGUAAGGUUCAUUGCUGCGCAGUGGCUUUCGUUGUUGAUGAACGAGUCACCCAACGUGGCGAUACCGCCUUCUCUCCGAGGUCGUAGGAACCAAACGCGUCGCCGUCGCCGUCAACAACAACAACAUCAGCAGCAGGUCACCAGGCGGGAUGAGGAGUUAUCCGGACCUGAUGGGAGGGACAAUGUGAUGGCGGAGGAGGUCGAUAGUGAUGAGAGUUACUCGCAAAAGAGGAUUCUUCCUAUUGGCGUCACCAAAAAAGGUGCAUCACCAACCCUCACUGGAAAUGACAACAGGCAAGUGGAGGAACCCCGCACCAUGACUGGGAAUGAUACGCCCACAUCUUCGUUUGAGUUAGUGCCACGGGAAGAAACACUCCCGCAGCUUAUGGCCGUGUUGAGGGAAGUUGCCCUGGCGGGUGCUUCUUUAUCUGAUCUCUCGCCAGUAGGAGAUGAGGGGGAGAUGAGUACUUCACAAUCGGUAAGCGAGAAAGCGGAGGCGAGUGUGGCUGAUGUAGUUACAGGUUCGAGUAACAGUGGUUGCACACCCGCACAAACCCAAGACGAAUUGUUAUGGAAGGAUAUUCGUAAGCAGUUGAACCAAGUGUGUAAACUGGUUCACAAUCGCAGCGAGCUAGCGGCAGAACUAAACAGCACCCUCGGUAACGACUGGUAUUUGAGUGAUGAUGAACUUCGCAAGGAUGAAACGCCCCUCAAGGAUUAUUGUUUCCAGCUUCCUCCACCACAGGUAAGUUGCGUUGACACCCACUCAGCCGCUGCUGCAUCAUCUGAGAGGGAGGCUUCAGAACCAAUGGAACAACAGCAGCAAUUUCAAAAGCAGGAGUGCACCGAUCGUACCCGCACUGUGGCUGUCGCCUCUGCCGGGUCUCGAUUAAAUCGGGACGCACCUCCGUUUCACUCCCGGUUGUACGUGCCAACACACCUUAGUUCUUCCUCUACAAUUUGGGCGGAUGCGCCUGUUUACUAUCCGGGGGGUACAUCAUCACCCGGUAAACAGAAAGAAUUGUCUUCACCUUCAGUUGCACAUCAGCGUCCUUCUUUCACACAGACUGCGGAAAGCAGUUCCUUAGGUGGUGCGUCGGUUGGUUCACCCACGGUGCCUCUCACCACCUCUGCAGGGGCAUCAGCAGCGUCAAAUGUGGGCUCCUCCACAACUUCGCCGAGCAUAACGUUUAAUUUAGAGUCGCGUGAAGGUAUGAUUCGCAGGAGGACGGCUGCAGCAGCAGCAGCGGCUGUGGCCGCAAAUCAUUAUGUUCACAACUCGGGAGGUAAUUUUUAUAGCGGUGGUCGUUCCCGGGGUGGUUGGGGUAACUCCCAUUCACCGGUGGUGACUUAUAUGAACUGUGCACUGUCCCUCUCGCAGUGUCCUUUUGACUAUUUACUUGUUGUAGAUUUUGAGGCGACGUGUGAAGAAUACGCGCCACCAUCGUACUUACACGAAAUAAUUGAGUUUCCUGUGGUUGUGGUUGACGCCAAGCUGCAGCGCGUCAUAACGGAGUUUCACCGCUACGUGAAACCUAAGGUGAAACCGCAGCUGAGUGAAUUCUGCCGCCAACUUACCGGCAUCCGGCAGGAGGACAUUGAUAGCGCCGCUCCACUGGAAGAUGUAAUCAAGCAAUUUGAACGCUGGUACGCGCAAACGAUACCACCGGGUAGCCGUACCGUAUUAGUAACAGACGGACCUGCGGACCUUCGUGAAUUUAUGUACGUGCAUAGUGUGACACGGCAAGGGAUCCGCUUCCCCAGCAUGUUUUACCAGUGGAUUGAUGUGAAGCAGGUCUUUGCCCACUUUUUCCAGUGUCAGCAGGGGAAAAUAAAGGCCAUGCUGGAGGUCCUUCAGUGUCCUUUUGAGGGGCGACUCCACAGUGGCAUCGACGACGCGAGAAAUAUUGCAAAAAUUGUUAUUCGAAUGCUGGAGGUUGGGUGCUCUUUUUGCGAGAUUCCGCUUUGCCGGCUUCCAUAUGGUACCACAACCACUGCUGCUGCAGGCCCAGCUCAGGAAUGA